AUGCUGGCUUGCUUGAUCCAGAAUGGAACUCUCCGCUGGAAUGAAAAAGCAGAGGAGAUCCUCAUGUCUAUCUUCGAGCGGAUGCAGUUUCCCAAGAAAUGCGAGGAGGUGAAGGUUCUGGGAGUUGAGAUGGACGUAUCUGCCAGCAGUGAAGUUCCUCAUUACCUUCGAGCAUCUUGGGACAUCUACCCUCACGGGCUUUGGGACACCCUUGUGACGGAGGAAGCUGUCUGGCUGGAGGGAGGAGGAGACGUUGAGAACGCAUCAAACCAGGACAGAGUGAACCUCUUGUUCUCCAUCACGACCUUGUGGAUGUUCCGGCCACUGCCCGAGAUCCGGAAGCUCUCAGAUGACAUCGUCAACUCCUUUUCCAACUGGACGCCACCGCUUGUCGGCAUUCAUAUCAGGCAAACGGACAAGAAGAUGGAAGAUCCGUACUGGAUGGUCCACGGAAGGUACAGGAAUCUGACGGACUACGGGCACGCCGUGGCAACAGUUGAAAGAAAGUGCAAUGCAAGUUUCAACAGCGUCUUCCUCAUGAGCGAUUCUCAGACCGUGGUGGAGAUGGCUCUCGCCCAUCCGGAGUCCAUUGGUCUCUCCCCGUUGGUCAAGAUCCUGUACGACAAGAGCGUCAACCGGUCCGCGCUUGCUCGAGGCCACGUGCACGUCCCAGUCGAGAUCAAGAAGGAGGUGCAAGAUCACUUCGUGGCUGCUGCUUACGCGCUCAUGCGGUCUGCGGACCACGUUGUCUGCACCCUCUCGUCGAAUGUAGCAAGGUUGUUCUUCCAGUACGCCACGGCAAAGGGUCGAGCGGCUCAAGUGAGCGCUGCGGGGCCUUUUGCAACCUCCCUGGAUUAUCCCGACUGGGCAAGUGAAGAGCAGGCCUGGUUCCCAUGA